AUGGCCACACGAAGAGCUGUCGUCACUUGCGCCCGCUGGAGAUCGGCUCCUUCCGUGUUUGCGCGCGGACUGGCUACGGAAUCUCUACCUGCAUCCGCCCCCGAGGCACCCGCUGCCACCAUCGCCCAGUCAUACAAUGAUGCCGCCCUCUCAUCUACAGCGACUACUCCCAUUCUGAAUGACCAAUUCACACCGCCGCCGUCCACACCAGCUACUCAGGCCGGCCGCCUCUUCCAACAACCGCCAAACCCUUUCCUCUCAACCGCUACAUGCACAAUCCACGACUUCCCCUCGGUCGAACCCAUCAACACUGUCACAUAUCCCAGCACACAUCUGCUACUGCCACUACGCCGCGACAUUCUCCACCGCGCAAUCGUCUUUGAAGGAGAUGGCACACGUCAGGGAACGGCAAACACAAAAUACCGCAGCGAAGUGCACGGCUCAAACCGCAAAGUGCGUCCGCAAAAGGGAACCGGUCGUGCGCGUUUGGGUGACAAGAAAUCGCCCAUGCUAAGAGGAGGUGGUGUGGCAUUCGGUCCCAAGCCCAGAGACUUUAGCACCGAUCUGCCUUCCAAGAUCUAUGAUCUGGCUUGGAGGACAGCGUUGAGUUAUCGCUACAAGAAGGGCGAGUUGGUUGUAAUUGGCAAGGCUGCCGAGAUCGAGGUUGAAGGUCCCGGUGCUGCGAGGUGGUUGAAGGAGAUGUUGAAGUGGAACAAGUGGAACAACACAAAUGGCGGCAGUCUGUUUGUCACGGCUGAGCGUAGAGAGAAGCUGUUUGCCGCCCUGGCGCACCCGGGCAUGGACAAGGAGGCUCGCGCUGUGACGGUCGACGAGGUCGAUGUCAAGGACUUGCUCGAGGGCGGCCGUGUCAUUAUCGAACAAAAGGCCCUCAGCCUCAUCUUCCGCGAGCACUCGAGCGAUCUCAACUCAAAGGUCAAGCGCGUCGUCUAA